AGUAACAUGCCGGUUGGCCCUCAUUUCCGUAUUAUUAAAAGGAAGCACAAGGGCAUACUGAACAGUGAUCUUUUGGAGUUGAGGAAUUAGAAAUGUCUCGGCUACUAAACUCAAAAUUGAAGGGGUUCCUAGUUACCCAAAUCAGGAUGUCAUCCGAGCAGCUGGGUGAGCUGGGCAAAGGAGCUGGAAAGGGCGGAGGAGGUGGGGGGACCGUGCGGGAGGCUGGAGGAGCCUUUGGCAAGAGGCAAGUGGCUGAAGAAGAGCGAUACUUCAAGCGUAAGGAGCAGGAGCAGCUGGCUGCGCUGCGAAGACAUCACGAGGAGGAGAUCGACCACCACAAGAAGGAAAUUGAGCGCCUGCAGCGAGAAAUCGAUCGCCACAAGGGCAAGAUCAGGAAACUGAAGCACGACGACUGAGCUUCACUUACACUCCCGUACGGCUUGGUCCGUGCCAAACUUCACCUAUUCCGCAUGCUGCCAUCUUGGACAGCUUCCUUCAUGUUUGACUGUUCAUUGGUUCAAUAAAAUAAACAGUACAUAUA